AUGCCCAUAUCCAAAGCAAUUGAUGAGUUACCCUCACUGUCAGAUCAAGAUGUGGAACUAUUGGGAUCAAUCGUUUUCGCUGCGGAGAAGAUAUCCGGACCGCCUUUCCGAGCACUCUUUACUGCCUACGACCAAGUGCUUGCUGAGCACGGCAUUUCGCCCGGAAAUGACCAGACAUACUUUCGAUUUCUUCUACGGAUGGGCGAAGAGCGAAUCGAGAAUGACACACUAUUUGGAAGAUUCAAAUCUCUGUUGGAGCGAACAGGAAUACGGGUGGAAAUCGAUCGCAAUGAAGACCAUGUGGAAGAUAUCACGCGUCAAGCCGAGAAUCCGGGAUUGCGGGAUGCUCUCGAGAGCCCGCAGAAGACGCGCCGCGCAUCGUUCGACUCAGCUCUCGACCAUCUCACAGAUGGCGAGCGACAAGACGACGUAUUCAAGAAUGCAGCUUCAGAUUAUCGUGAGCAGCAGCAACAGCGACCUUCGAGCCGUGUCUCGGGCUCUAUCGUAUCUCCACGCCAGCGAUUUCAGUUUGCUAACGCUCCCCGAAGCCUCUUCCGGUCCGGAGCGUACCGAGGACGGCUGAACACACGAACAGCAUCUGAACAACUGCCACUGAGUAAGAGACGCCAGACAUCAAUCUCAAGUCAGAGCAGCCUCCGCAUAACGAGACCAUACGAUGACAGUCCCACGAAGCAGAAUGCCUAUUAUUCUGCAGAUGAGUCCGAGAGCGCGGAGCCGACAUUGCCUCAAGCAAGGGGCUUUGAGGUUGAUACCAUCAAAGAUGUAUCCCAACAGGACCAAUUGCGGGAUGCGGUAUCUUUCCGAUUGCGAGAGGUGCAUCAGACUGCCAGACGAUGUCUCCUGCUGUGGAGCGCGAAAGCACUACAGAGUGUCGAACAGUCGAAACUUAUGGCUCGCAAAGCUGCGGAACAUGAUCGCUAUGCACUCCUCAGAUCAGGACUUGAUAUGUGGACGAACAAGUAUCGAACGCGCAAACGAGACCUCGAGACAGAGAAGUUCUUUGAGCACAUGGAACGAAGAGCAGAUCGAGCACGAAACUUGUAUCUAGUCGCGAAGGCUUUCACCCAUUGGGCUCGGAGUACUUCUGACGAGGUCGACAGAACUUCCAUUGCGAGACGACAUAUUCUCCGCACUAGAUAUUUCAACGCGUGGAAAGAUAUCACUGCGAUUAAUGCGCUCAAGGUUCGUCGACAAGGCCUACGCAAGUUCAUGGGGAUCUGGCGUGAUCGCACUAUAACAUUGGUCGACAAUCACAUCAAGGCACUUGUCCGCUACGAGGAUAACCUGAUAGAGCGGACAUACUGGCGUUGGUUCUGGGCGGUUUGUGCGCGUCGAGCUCCGCUCUGGGGUGAACAACGAUCGAAACAACACUAUUUCACCAAAUGGCUGAGAGAACAUGAUCAAAUUCAAAAGCAAGAGCAGGAGGCGACCGAGUUUUGGGAUAUAAAACUACAGAGACAGGCUGUUAGGUCAUGGCAUAGCACAUUUUUAGCGGUUCAAACAGCAAAUACGGCGGCGAAUAACUGUCGAACUAGGUCGUUAUUGUCAGGUGCUUUUCGACUCAUAUGCAAACAAACUCAGCUACGGCGCCCGACAUCUCAAGUCCAUCAUUCGACUGAUGACCGGCUGAUUAGAAGCUACUUUAGCACUUGGCUGAUGCGUUUCCGGCUUACGCGUCAGGCCGAUGCCUUUGCAGUUCAACGUCUUCUGCAUAGAGCUAUGACGACUUGGAAGUGUCGAGUGAUAGGAGUCCAUAUCAACGAGAGGCUCGUUGCGCAGAAUCUGUAUAGGUGGAUGUUGUCAGCCAGGGCAGCGCUGAUACUUCGAGUACAUAAUGCAAACAACAAGAAGGCCUGUUUGUCAGCCUGGAGAGCACGCGCGGUGUCGCGGAAGCAUGAACUGGAGAGCUCGAAGACUGAUGUGAGAACCAGCAGUCGUCGGCGAAUCCUAGAACGGAUCAUGAGCCACUGGUCUGAUAGAACACGCGAGCAGCAGCAGAAACACCUUACCGCCGAGUCUUUCCGCAGUAGCAAGCUUGCGUCCAGCCAGUUGAUCUGUUGGGUCUCGCGCUAUCGGCACGCUCAGAGACUCGAUCAAUGGGCGACUGACGCGCACUUCUAUGUAUCUGCGAAGCAUACGCUCUCGGUCUGGCAAGUCGCCACGCAAAACGCCCGAAAGCAACGACGACGCGAAGCGUAUGCACACGUACGCCGUGCAAACAAGAUGGCUUUGGGUCGUCGGAUGCUCAAGAGGUGGCAAGACACGCUGGAGGCAAUCACAACAGCAAGACGCAGAGCAGAAGACAUGCAAGAGAUGAAACAGACACAGGUCGCAACUCAGUGCUUAGUAUUAUGGCAGCAAGAAACCCAGAACAAGAUUCGACUCUCACAUCAAGCCAGCGACUUCUAUCGGCGUAAAAUCAGCUCGCAACGUCUGCAUCAGUGGAUUCUGAGGCUACAGGACGUACAAGAGAUCCAGGCAAUGGGGACCACGUUGGCAGCUGAGAUUAAUACCAGGAACUCUAGGUUACGACUCAAGGAGCUCAGUGCGAGAUACUUUCGCAUCGAGUCUCAGAAGGACACAGCUGAAAAAUUUCAAGCGCGCAGUUUCAGGAAGCAUCGGCGUGACAUGUUAAUUUACUGGAGGGACCGGACUAUGCAAAGGAUCUCCACAAACGAAACGAUAUUUGUGACUGUACCAAACCAGCAGAAAACCGAUCUUGACGACGAUGCAGCAGAGCAGGACACAAUAAGACGCAAAGAAGAUUUGACAGCCCUCGAUACCUUGGCACUGGAUAAUGAUGACCACAACUUUAUUCUUGGAGACAAUGAAGACCUGGGAAGCACAUUCUUCACGUCUACCCCGCGUGCUGGCUAUCACCGCACGCCAUCGAAGACUCCAGCAGCCAGGACACGAGAGCUCCUACAGUCGCGACUGAAGACUCUCAAUGCUCCUCGCGGCAGAGGGACGGUAGAUACGACUCCUGCGCCACUAUCCGGACUGUCUCGGCGCAUUCCAGCCUCAGCACCGCAUCCUUCACUUGGGCAUGCGGACUCAGUCGUAUCUAUCUCCUCCUUCACCCGCAAGCUCCAGGCUCAGGGAAUACCUGUCAGUAGCCGAGGUGAAGGCCCUUCGAAGCUGCCUUCGAUGAGCCGAUCCACUAGACAUGGGAAAGGACAGGUUGGAUUCAUUGGCUUCGACGACAUACAAGAGGAAGAUCGAACAGAAAGCUGA